UCAGUGCUACAGCUGAGAGAGAAGUAUGAGCACGAGAACUUAAAUUUAAAUUCUCUCGCGUUUCCUCUUUGAUUUUUCUUUUGCAUAUAUUUACAGAAACAAAAUGCUAAAGCGAUUCAUGAAUGUUCAAACUGAAUCCAGUAAUGUAUCCCGAAGCAGAAAAGCUGAAGAAAUUCGUAAACAAAUGGCUAGGCAUCGAAGGAACUUAAUAUCCAUUUGUAGGUUAACUAUACAAAGUUUAAAAGAGAAAUCUAUGUACAAUUCCAUUGAUGAUAACAGUGAAGAAUUCCUCAACUUUGCCACUAUUCUAGAACACAUUCUUAGCCACCGUCUUAAAGGUGAAGCGACUUGGUUUCGUUUUGAAGAACCCCGGGAAUUUUGGGAUUUCAUUUAUGUGGCAUGUCGCAAUGUUCCAAAUAAUUGUUUACAAAGUCUACACAUGAUGGAAGACUUCAAAAGCUCACGAGUAAAGGGACGCGCUUGGAUAAGAGCCGUGCUGAUGGAGAAACGACUUAGCGAGUACGUCGUUGAAAGUAUGCAAGAUGAACGACUACUUAAGAUAUUUUACGGCGAAGGAUCUUUCAUGAGAAGUGAAGAAUCACAAAUAUUGAAGGAGUGUCUACAAGAUCUAAAUCUUGUUGACUUCAGCUUUUGCUUGAAAGGGAGCAACAAUUUACAGACUGGGGUGGCUAGGAUUGUUGACUAUACCCCCUACCUCAGCUGCUCUGAGAGACUAACUGGUACCAUGCAGCAGAGAGCAAUGGAUGUUGAUAUUAGUCUUUUGGCAGUACAGGAAGAUGAAGACCAAUUCGGUGAUCAGUCGUUAGAACAGCAGCUUCAAAAUCUCAAGUCUAAAUACACAUCUGUGUGUGAUCAGAAGAGAUAUUUGGAAGAGAGGCUACAGGCAUCUAAUGACCAGUUGAAUGAUGCAUUGAUGCAAGUGAAGGUUGCCCAGGAAACAGUAAAAAAGAUGGAGGAGAGGUCAAAAGGAGAAAGAUUGCAGUUGGAGAAUGUGAUCAUAGAACUGCAGGAUCAAAUAGGAUAUUUGAAGGAUGCCCAUCUGGCAUCCAGAAAAGAACUUGAGGAACACUUGACAACUGGCCAUUGGCAUCUACGGAGAGACCACUCUGGGCAAGCAAUUGCCAUGGAUUACGUUACUAUGAAUACGGGUAGCUCUUCUAUAGACACCGGAGCUGAUGGAGUAAGCUUACAGAGUCUUGAGCCGCCAACCAGCCCAAGCCAAAUAAGUCCAACGUCAUCAAAUUCACUUACAUUGCUGUUAGGUAAGAGGGUAGAUGAGAGGCCUAUGAGAGAAACAAAGGAGGAGACGCCUUCAUUGGUUCCCCUUGCUGGCUCCUUCACGUCACAGUUCAGUGUCAAGUCCAACGAUAAUGUUUUUACUAGUAGUACGUCUUCAUCGGCCAACCUUCAAGAUGGACAUGCAUCGCAGACAUUACCAAAGUUAUCAGAGAGUGGUAGCAUCAGCUCAGCUGUGUCUUUAGCUGAUAGUCUACUAAGCACCGUGUCAGCCCCACCUUGAACAUUGCAAAAACCAAAGUAAACAAAAUCAGAAGCAGAAUUUUAGUGCCGGAUAUAUUGCAGUUACAGAAAGACCUGUAAUGCACCUACUUUAUAUAUUGGAAUACUGUACAGUACAUUUAUGCAUUAAUAAUACAAUGAUGAUAUAGACUGUUACCACCAACUUGGCAUCAUAGGUUGGGUGUUAGAGCAGCCAAACACUGAUUGGCAGGUUUUAGCAUAAAAUCUUGACAAAGAAAAAUAAAAUAAACUGAAAUUAUUUUGAUUUUAGCAAUUUACAGAUAGAUUUAUAUAUUUCUUUGAAUUAAUUAUACCAGUAUUUAUUUCUUUUUAAAAAUUUCCUAAUGUGCAAAUGCAAUCAUGGUUUCAAUGCAACUACUGUAUUAUAAUUCUAACUAACAAAUGUAAGUGUUGACAAUAAGGAAGGGAGAAGUAAUACAGUGUCCAUUUCCUGGGGCAAGUGAUCCUGGGAUAAUCUGUGGACAAUUACCCAGUAAUUUUAUGAGUUGCUAUUGGUAGUUAAAUGCCCGGGGAUGUUCCCUUAAGUAUAAUUUUUGUGGGAUAGUUGACAACUCUACCAUUAGUGUCUUCAGCAUUUUCCAUAUUUAAAUAAAUAUAUAUAUUGAUUAGAUUUCAAAUUAGUCAUAAGGAAUAUAAAUUACUGUAUAUUUAUGUUAUUAAAUCCUGAUUAAAGUACAAAAUAAUUUCAAUCAGAAA